UUUCCCAUGUACAGUAGUAUAGUACUCCUAAAAGGAAAAGAGAAGGAAAGACGACGGGGUGCAAAAUUCAAAAUGCUACUCCCCGUCCCAGCGGUAAAUCAGAGCCGCCUAAACCCACCCCCCGGGUGGGCGGGCGUGGGCGGCGGGUUACGAAACACGGCCCACUUUCGGUGGCGGUCAAAGAGUCAAACACUCCCCCUUGUUUCCAUGCGCACCCCCGUGCACGAUAGCCCUCCCUCUCCCUUACCGGUGGCUCUCUACUUUCUAGAUCCCCAAAUCAGCCGCAAACCACCACCCCCUUAAUAAAAACCCAAAAUCAACCCCAAUUAUUACCAUCAUGUCACCGCCACAUAUCUCCCUUCACCCACCGCCACACCACAACCGCCUCCUCUUCUUCUCUCUUCUCUUCUCUCUCUCUCUCUCUCUCUCUUCCUUCCCCCUUCCACUCUCCGCCCCAGAAUCUCACCCUUCUAACCCAUGUCUGAAUCAUCGUCACCUCACCAAAACCAGGUGGCCCUGCUGGCCCAGCCCGCGGUCGUCGCCACCGCCGUGUCUUCGCGGCGCCUCCCCCCGCCGUGCUGGUCCCACGACGAGACGGUUGCCCUAAUCGACGCGUACCGCGACAAGUGGUACUCCCUCCGGCGAGGAAACCUGAGGGCCAACCACUGGCAGGAGGUGGCCGACGACGUCGCCGCCCGCUGCCCUCCUCCUCUCUCCUCCGAAACCCCCACCAAGACCUCCGUCCAGUGCCGCCACAAGAUGGAGAAGCUCCGUAAAAGGUACCGCGCCGAGCUCCAACGGGCCUUAUCGUCAUCGUCGCGCCACCCUAAAGGCCACCGGUUCAACUCCUCUUGGGUCCACUUCAAGCGCAUGGAGUAUAUGGAGAAGGGCCCCGCUUCCGUUGCCGCUGCGCCGGAUCUGAGCCCUGAAGAUAACGACGAGGACGACGGCGAUGACGACGGUGUUGAUGAGGAAGAGGAGUUGUAUCAGAGCGUCAGGCGUGGCGGUGGCGUAAUUCGUCAGAAUCGGAGCGGUGAUGGGUCGAUUAGUAAUGGGUCGGGUGGAAAAGGCGGGUUUCGGAUCAGACUUCCGGCCCGCCCGCCCGGCCCCACACCUCAGGCCAAGAUUUAUAAUAAUCCUAACACUAACCCUAACCCCAGUUUUGGGUCAACUAGGGUUUUGAGAGAUGGGUAUGAAGAGAAGUGGGGGUUCGGGAAAAGAAGCGGAGGUGGUGGUGGUGAGGGAGGUGGGAAGAAGAGAGAGGGGGAGCCGGUGGCGGAGAUAGUGGGGGCAAUUAAGGCGUUGGGGGACGGCUUUGUGAGGAUGGAGAGGAUGAAGAUGGAGAUGGCGAGGGAGGUGGAGGCGAUGAGGAUGGAAAUGGAGAUGAAGAGGACGGAGAUGAUUCUGGAGUCGCAGCAGCGGAUUGUUGAGGCCUUUGGGAAGGCGUUUUCGGAGAAGAGAAACAAGAAAGUCAAGAGAAUGCCUACGCCAGAAUCUUGAAUUUUGGAGAUAGGUGGAUUGGGGUUUAACAGGUUCGAUUCACACCCAACUAGUAGAUGUAGGUUUGGGUAGUUAGAUUGUUCAUGUUCAGUGCUCUUUUGUUGCCAAAUCUGAUCUUGUUGUAGCUUGUUUCGGAUUAUUGUAGGCUUGAUUUGGGUUUACUAUCAAUGGAACUGUUGUGUACGGAUGAUUUAGUUAAGCAUGGGAAUAAUUCUCUUCUAUA